CAGAAGUAGAGAGCACUUCGAACUGUGCCUUGAAAAGGUGAGAGGGACUAGAGUAGUUUACUUUCUCAGAAUAGAGCCAAUGCGGUGAGGGGAUAAAAUGCCCACCAACUUCACUGUGGUUCCUGUUGAGGAUGGUGGUGCCGGGAAGUCAACUCUCGAAGGUGUGUUUAGUGAGGAAGAUGAAGAAGAUAUUUCUCUACGACGGCCCUACUCAGGAGAUGUCACUCCCAGAGAGAGCAGCCCUUUCAUCAACAACACUGACCACGACCAAGAAAACUACUACGAUGGCAAGAACAUGGCUCUCUUUGAGGAAGAGAUUGAGAGCAACCCCAUGGUGUCCUCCCUCCUCAACAAGCUGGCUAACUACACCAACCUCACCCAGGGGGUCACUGAGCAUGAGGAGUAUGAAAAUGAGGAGGGGGUUACAAAGAUUAGAGUCAAGAGUCCUCAGAUGGGCACCUUCAUCGGCGUGUACCUGCCCUGCAUGCAGAAUAUCCUGGGAGUCAUCCUCUUCCUGCGUCUCACCUGGAUCGUUGGCACCGCCGGCAUUUUGGAGUCUUUCGCCAUCGUCGUCAUGUGUUGCACCUGUACCAUGCUGACAGCGAUAUCCAUGAGUGCUAUUGCAACAAAUGGGGUAGUGCCAGCCGGAGGCUCCUACUACAUGAUCUCCAGGUCUUUGGGACCAGAGUUUGGUGGGGCUGUGGGCUUGUGUUUUUACCUGGGAACCACAUUCGCUGGCUCCAUGUACAUCCUGGGUACCAUUGAAAUCCUUCUGACGUACAUCGUGCCAAACGCUGCAGUGUUUGUGGCGGAGAAGAAGGAGGGCGAGGCGGAGGCCAUGCUGAAUAACAUGCGUGUGUACGGGACUUGCUGCCUGGCUCUCAUGGCUCUGGUGGUGUUUGUGGGAGUCAAAUAUGUCAACAAGCUGGCCCUGGUCUUCCUGGCCUGUGUGGUGCUCUCCAUCAUGGCCAUCUACGCCGGAGUCAUCAAGACCGUCAUAGAACCACCAGACUUCCCAAUCUGUCUCCUGGGGAACCGUUCCUUGCAGAACCACAACUUUGAGAAGUGUGUGAAGACAGAGGUGAUCAAGAACGUGACGUACACCACUAAGCUGUGGGAGCUGUUCUGUGACAGCCGCCACCUCAACGCCACCUGUGAUGAGUACUUCACCCUGAACAACGUCACUGAGAUUCAGGGCAUCCCAGGCCUGCUCAGUGGGGUCAUCAAAGACAACAUGUGGGGGGACUACGGGCCCAGUGGGAUGUUGGUAGAGAAGAAGAAUCAGUCGUCUGUUCCAGCCCAGGAUAACUCCAGAGAUAUCUACAUGCCUUACGUCUUCAACGACAUCUCCACCUUCUUCACUCUGCUGGUGGGAAUCUACUUCCCCUCCGUCACAGGAAUCAUGGCGGGCUCCAACAGAUCUGGAGACCUCCGAGAUGCCCAGAGGUCUAUUCCUUUCGGCACCAUCCUGGCCAUAGCAACCACUUCUUUCAUUUACAUGACCUGUGUUGUGCUAUUUGGGGCCUGUAUCGAGGGUGUCGUUUUGAGAGACAAAUUUGGGGACUCUGUCAAGAAGAACUUGGUGAUUGGAACUCUGGCAUGGCCUUCUCCAUGGGUGAUCGUGAUUGGCUCCUUCUUCUCUUGCUGUGGGGCAGGGCUGCAGAGUCUUACUGGUGCCCCUCGUCUGCUGCAGGCCAUAGCACGUGACGGGAUUGUCCCCUUUCUGCAGGUGUUUGGUCAUGGUAAAGCCAAUGGAGAACCUACCUGGGCCCUCUUGAUGACCGCUGGGAUCUGUGAGAUUGGAAUCCUCAUUGCAUCACUGGAUGCUGUUGCCCCCAUUCUCUCAAUGUUUUUCCUGAUGUGCUACCUGUUUGUCAACCUGGCCUGUGCUGUCCAGACACUGCUCCGCACUCCCAACUGGAGGCCCAGGUUUAAGUUCUACCAUUGGACGCUGUCAUUCCUGGGGAUGAGUCUGUGUGUCUCCCUCAUGUUCAUCUCCUCCUGGUACUACGCUCUGGUAGCCAUGUCCAUCGCUGGAUGCAUCUAUAAGUACAUUGAGUACAGAGGGGCAGAGAAGGAGUGGGGAGACGGGAUCAGAGGUCUCUCCCUGAACGCUGCCCGCUAUGCUCUGAUCCGCCUGGAGGAAGUGCAGCCACACACUAAGAACUGGAGGCCUCAGUUACUAGUGCUACUGAAGCUGGAUUCAGACUUGGGGGUGAAACACCCUCGUCUGCUGUCCUUUACCACCCAGCUGAAGGCAGGGAAAGGUCUGACCAUCGUCAGCUCUGUGUUGGAGGGCACCUACAUGACCCUGGGGGCUGAGGCCAAGAGCGCAGAGCAGAACGUCAAGUCGGCCAUGCACGCAGAACGUACCAAAGGUUUCUGCCACGUGGUGGUGUCCUCUAACCUGAGGGAUGGUUUCUCCCACCUGAUCCAGUCGGCAGGGCUGGGGGGCAUGAAACACAACGCCGUCCUCAUGGCCUGGCCAGGGGGCUGGAAACAGGCUGAGGACUCCUACCCCUGGAAGAACUUCAUUGAGACGGUGAGAGAGACAACGUCAGCCCAUCAGGCCCUGCUGGUUGCUAAGAACAUUGACAAGUUCCCCAGCUCUGAGGACCGUCUGGGGGAGGGCACCAUAGAUGUGUGGUGGAUCGUCCAUGAUGGAGGCCUUCUCAUGCUGCUGCCUUUCUUACUGCGCCAACACAAGGUGUGGAGGAAGUGUAAGAUGCGUAUCUUCACCGUGGCUCAGAUGGAUGACAACAGUAUUCAGAUGAAGAAGGACCUGCAGAUGUUCCUUUACCACCUCCGUCUCAAUGCUGUAGUGGAGGUGGUGGAGAUGCACGAUAGUGACAUUGCAGCCUUCACCUAUGAGAAGACCCUGGUGAUGGAGCAGCGCUCUCAGAUGCUGAAACAGAUGCAGCUGUCCAGGAACGAGAGGGAGAGAGAGAUUCAGAGCAUCACAGACGAGUCGCGUAUCUCCAUCAAGAGGAAGAAGUCAUCAGUGGUGGAGACACUAAAGGCCCCAAACACACUACAGGUCCCAAGCCUGUCCAUAUCCAGGGACAUGCGGGAGGAUGAGGAGGCUCAGCUGAUCACUAAGCUGGGCACUAAGUCACAUGACAACCUCAACGAAAACGCUACCGCCACGCCUGACCACCGCGUCCACAUGACCUGGACCAAAGACAAGCUGAUCACCGAGAGGAACCGUAACCGCAGCGAACCCAACGUGGGCGUGAAGGACCUGUUUAAUAUGAAACCCGAGUGGGAGAGUCUGAACCAGUCUAACGUGCGGAGGAUGCACACCGCGGUCAAGUUGAAUGAGGUUGUGGUCAACAAGUCCCAAGGUGCUCAGCUGGUGCUGCUGAACAUGCCUGGGCCGCCCAAAAACAAGGGAGGAGAUGAGAAUUACAUGGAGUUCCUGGAGGUUCUUAUGGAUGGGCUGGACCGGGUGCUGCUGGUGCGUGGCGGAGGCAGGGAGGUGAUCACCAUCUAUUCUUAGCGCCAGCAGACACAGGACGGGCAUGGUGCAGCCUCAGAGCCUCCGGUGUGGCCGGCCAGCCAAGUGGCUGGGCCUCAGCCUCUGCCACAGUGCCAGGAGAGGAGCUGGGCGCCCCCUACAGUAUGGGAGGACAGUAGGGGGCUACCUCCACUCUUAGAGCAGGCUGAGCACACACCGCUGCUGACUGGUGGAGGACAUCAGAGGGCACUCUGGAUCAUCCUCCCUUUUUAUUUCUUGUCAUAUUCCUUUCAGGUUUUCCAUGUCAGUCGUUAUGAAUAGGAGUUGUUUCAGUAGAACAAAGUGCAUGAGUAAUGAUAUUAGAUUAGAUAGAGACAUCCUCUGAUGACAUAGCUCAGGGCACUAAUGCAGUAUGGUCUAGUCCAGUGAUUCCCAAAUUGUGGGGCGAACAAGGAGUCAGCGGGGGGGGGGGGGGGUGCAUUACUGCCCUAAACUAUGUCAUCAGAGGAUGUCUCUGUUGACAUAGCCCCCCCCCCCCCCUCCCCCCCAAAAAAGAAACUCUGUCCGGCUUUCAACUUACUCUUGAAAGUUGUAAUAGUAGAAUGCCCAAGUUACAAUUUCAUUGGGUAGUAAUGCAUUGGUUAGUUUUCCUCUUGUCAUUGCAUACCUUAGCGAGCUAUUUAUAACUUGUCAUAAAUGUCCAGAUCAACUAGCCCAUGGCAGCUAAUGGUUUUUAGCUUUUGCCCAUAGAAAUAGACUUGGCACGCGUGCAGGAUGUUCCCCAAUGCCGGAAUGAAAAGGUUUGGGAACCCCUGGUCUAGCUGAUAUGGGAUGUAGCUUGUAAGUUCAGAUGGUAGACAGGUGUUUAAAUCCCAGGUUGGGCAGCCUACUGCAGUUGUGCCCUUGAGCGAGCCAUUUUCCGUGAAUCGCCUCAGUAUCCAGUUGUGUAUAUGAGCCAUUUGCGCAAAACAUAAUGAAUUAUGAAAAUAUUAAAUGUCCUCACAAAUUUCACUUAUUGAGAUUUGUUUGAGCACAAUUUUCUAUUAUAGGAAUACAGUAUUUUCAUCUCAUUUUGAUGAAAUACACAAUGGCAUAGGGAGGCCACAAUACAAAUAUGUAGUUUUGUUACACUAAAUUAGAUUGGUUAUGUUUUAUUUUACAGUACUAUUUAAGGUAAUUAUUAAGUAACUGUUAUGUAAUUACAUUUUUUCCCAUAGAAUGUCUGUGUAAAUACCUGAUAAAACAGCUUUCAAAUAAAGCCAUAGCCAGGAGAUAUGGAUAUGCUAUACACAAUAGUUUUGUAUUUGAAAUAGUUCUCACCAAAGCAAAGCUCUUGAGAUUUUUGUGGUCCAUUGUGGUGACCAAACUUAAUAUACUGUACAUUAAGAUAAUUACCAGGCUUUAUUUGAUCUAAUCAAAUGACAAGCCUUUAUGGUUUGGAUUCUGUGUCAGAGAUGAGGCAGAACAGAAGUCAAACUGUACAUUCUGAUCCUCGACUGUCUAUGGUUGCGUCCCAAAUGGCACCCUAUUCCCUAUUUAGUGCACUACUUUUGACCAGAGCCCUACAGAUGAGGGAUCUUAAUUUGAGCCAGU